AUGGCCGAGGAAACCGAGAAUCUGAUCUUAGCGCAAGAGUACAAAAUUGAUGCUCUCAAACGCGUGCUCAUCAACUACAAGAAGCUCCCGAAGGCGAGCGUAACGGUGCCGACGAUCCAGAGCCGCAUCUCCCAGCUGAAGGAGCUCUGGGCCGCCUGCGUCGCGAGAUCUCGCGUCGUGCUGACAUUAAAGCCGUGUUCCAGUGCGGAACCGGCCUUUCCGCUGCACGCCUACGUGUUUCAAAAUAUCACUUCGUACGCCGCGUCACGGACUCAGCCCAUCGAGUCGUGGCCUCACUUGCAAGGCAUCUCAUUUGCCGAUCCCGAUCCUUCAAGUCGACAUCGGAUUCACCUACUAAUCGGUGCCAACUUAUACGGUUCCUUGUUGAAAAAUGGCCUCCGGCAAGGCCCUAUUGGAACGCCUACCGCUCAAUUGACAGCGUUAGGCUGGAUUAUCUCCGGCCCCACGGGUCGCGGCCGGAUUGAAUCCGAGAACGUUUGCGUCUGUCAUAACGUGUCUACGCACGACACGAAUUCGCUUCUCAGGCAAUUUUGGGAGGACGAGGAGGUCUCGCGCCCCCCUCCACUUACCGACGAGGAGGAGCGUUGCGAACAACACUUCUUCGCCACUCAUAGCCGUUUUCCAGAAGGACGGUACAUUGUUCGAUUGCCCUUCCGGCACGAACUACCAAUCGACAUAGGCGAUUCCCUGCCUAUCGCCACGAUAUUCUACGAGAAAAUGGAAAGGAAGCUAAGUCGGCACGCCGAACUCUCCGCGCAGUAUAAUGACUUUUUGGCGGAAUAUCUCGCCUUGGGACAUAUGAGCGCGAUCGAAAGUCCCUGCGACACCGCUCUUACGCCCGUGUACAUUCCGCAUCAUUCGGUUUUGCGCGAAACGAGUAGUACCACGAAGUUACGCGUCGUUUUUAACGCCUCGUGCAAAACGACGAACGGCACGUCGCUUAACGACCAUCUGCUGGUCGGACCGAAGUUACAGCAAGAUCUCCCCGCUAUUCUGCUGCGCUGGCGGCAGUGGCGUUUUGUUUAUGCAGCAGACAUCGCCAAGAUGUUCCGGCAAAUCCUCGUGAAUAAUCUCGAUACCGACUUCCAACGAAUUCUCUGGCGUCCGUCCUGCAACACGCCGAUCAUGCAUUUCCGGCUUUUGACCGUAACGUACGGGCUCGCUCCCGCUCCAUAUCUCGCGAUGCGCGUUUUGAAACAAUUGUCGUUAGACGAAGGGUCCGACUAUCCGGCGGCCGUCCCGAUACUACGCGACUCCGCCUACGUCGACGACGCGCUAUUCGGUGAGGAUGACGUCGCGUCGCUGAUGGAAUGUCGCGAGCAAUUGACGGGACUCCUUCAGCGAAGGGGCUUUCAAUUACGGAAAUGGGCGUCGAAUUCGCCUGAAUUGCUGCGCGAUUUGGCAACGCGUCAAACCGACAUGGAGGAUCACCUCCUUCAGCAGGACGAGACCCUUAAGGAAUUAUGGUUAACCCAAUCCGAUUGGGACAUCCCUCUCUCUGACGAAUUGCGUCAGCAGUGGGAGGCAUAUUAUAAUAAUUUAGAGACACUAAACGGUAUCCGGAUCCCUCGUUGGACCGGUCGACAAGGUAACGACGUCGCCUUUGAACUACACGGUUUCGCGGAUGCCUCAAACCGAGCCUACGCCGCCGUCGUUUACAUUCGCAUUCUUCUCAUGCAUGCGGACGUUCAAGUCUAUCUACUCGCCGCGAAAACUAAAGUCGCGCCUCUUAAGACUCUCAGCAUACCGCGACUCGAACUGAACGCUAUCGUAUUGCUGAGUCGAUUGAUUAAGUGGGUUCAGACGACCCUAAGUUCGCCCUCCGCGUCAGUGUUCGGCUGGUCAGAUUCGGCGAUCGCGCUAGCAUGGCUACGCCAGCCCCCCGCGAAGUGGCAAACGUUCGUAGCCAAUCGCGUGUCCGAGGUGCAACAUACCCUGCCGGAGGCGCGUUGGAAUCAUGUGUCUUAUAAAGACAACCCCGCUGACUGCGCCUCACGCGGUCUGUCGGCUGAAGAACUGUCCUCUCACCCCCUGUGA